UACCUGCCUGUGUGCCUCUCCCUGGAGAGGGACACGACCUCCGUGGGGCUCCAUCAGGAUCCCCCGAUGGUCAAGGCAGCAGGAUGGGUGUUUGAUGGGCAAAACAAGUCCUAGCACUUCUGAGGGGCACCCACUUGCCUGAAAGGGGACACAGGGGGAAGGGAUGCGUGGGUCCUGAGGUGAUGUGUGCCAGUCAUGGACACACCACAUUGUCCAAGAGGGGCAGGAGCAUCUGUCAGUCACCCCAGAAGUGAUGGUGACAUCCUGCCCUGCUGCCAGGGAACGUGGGAUCAUCCCCUGCCACCCAAGGGGACCCCGUUGUCCUGCUCCCCAUUGGACACGUGGCCCAGGCCAGAUUGCAUGGUCGAAGGCAACAUGGGCAGGAGGCACCCGAUGGGAUGUGUGCAGCAAUUCGUUAAUGACUGCCUAAUGACCUUGGGGCUUCUCAGAUGCCUGGCUCACCACACACAUCCCUUGGACCUUGCUCUUUGCCCUACUCCUCCUCCUGGAUCCUUGCCCAUUGGGCCUAGCUGGGGCCAGUAUAAAAGGGGUGCAGAGGAGUGGGAGGGAUCCCGGAGACCCUGAAGCCAUAAGGGAAACUCAAGUGCUCACACAGGUACCCAUGGCGGGCUGGGCCCUGUGCAUGGCUGUGGUGCUGGCAGUGCUGGCAGGGGCGGACGGUGAGAGCCGCUACGAGAAGUUCCUGCGGCAGCAUGUGGACCACCCCCAGACAUCGGCGCUCACAGCGCACCGCUACUGUGAGACCAUGCUGGCACGCCGGCGGGUGACGGCCCCAGGGCGGCCCUGCAAGCCUUCCAACACCUUUGUGCACGCACCCGCUGAGGAGCUGGUGGCUGCCUGCAGCCAGAUGCCUGAUGAAACGGGGUUCCACAGCACCCCAACAUCCAUGGACCUCACGGCUUGCCGCCUGCGGGGGGGGAACAACCGGCCACCUUGCACCUACCGGGCCCGGCAGCUCCAGCACCACGUGCGUGUCGCCUGCCUUGAUGGGCUGCCUGUGCACCUCGCUGGCACCCACCCUCCCCCUCAGUGAGGCUUGACACAGGGGGCUGUAGGGGGGAACGUGGUUUUCCCCUCCCACUGGGGGCUCUGUCAGGGGGGGCUGCAAUAAAGGAGCUGCCACAGG